AUGCCCCGACAAUUGCUUGUACGGGGAGCACUAAAAAUUACAACAAAUGAGCGUAUCAGCAUUGUGCCCCAGUCUUCUACUAGUGUCUUCCAACUUCGAUUCGACCCAGUUAUUAAAGAAGACUCUGGCGAAUAUCGAUGCGUCUUCAAUCACAAGACUGGUUCUAAGUAUAAAGUUGUGGUUGUUAACAUUCAAGUUAGGCCAAAAGUGGACAUAGAUCCCAGGGGCGAAGUUGAUGUUCUAGAAGGUGAAUACGCAUUCGUGAUGUGCAAUGCCUCUGGAACACCCUCUCCACAAUUUCGUUGGUGGAUGCUCCCACUAUCAUCAUACCAGAACUAUUAUAGUCAAUACGGUUUUGAUUACUAUAGUGAAAGCCAAGUUACCUUAGCAUUUCCUACACAGAAUACUCAACCGAUUGAUCCAUACUCACCAAAUCUCCCGCUAUCACCAAGAGAAAACUACCUCAACCUAAUUCCAGUACAUGAACUUGCCUCAAAAUACAAGCAAAAUUUAAAGACUGAGAAAUGGGUUGCUUUAAAUCAUAUCAUAUUUUGUAUUUCCUUUGAAGACAUCUUUCUACGAAGCGGAAAACUAAUCAUAAAUGCAGUCAACCGCGAGAUGACCGGAUGGUACUUCUGCGAAGCGCACAACUCCGUCAAACCUUCAGCCAUUGAAAAUAUUUUUCUCAGCGUCAACUAUGUUCCUCAAGUCUUCUUAUCUCAAAGGGAGGUAUUUUUUGCUCCUUAUGGAAAUGUCAGUCUGGUUUGUGAAUUUCAGGCAUUUCCAAUGGCUAAAGUGGAAUGGUUAUUGGAUGGUCGUCUGUUGGAUGCGAUUCCAUGUGAGUAUGCAGGGUUCCAUGUAACAACUUGGUGUACUGAGAAAAAGAUAGAAACGGAGAAUAGUACAAGCGUAAAAUCCUCGCAUGGUUUCAGUGAUUCGCUAUACUAUCUGGACUACCCUAGUUUAGUAAUGAAAGAAAGUACAAGUAAAAGAAAAGGCCGAUUUCGAAAAAUCGAUUUAACGAGAUCAAGCAGUAGCUUCAAUCUCUAUGGAAAGCGUCUGAAGUCAAUACUACACAUAUGGGUUACAGAUGCCAAGCACUUCGGAAGAUAUAACUGCCGAAUGCAGACGAAGCACGGCCGAGCUGAUGGCUUUAUAAGACUCCGAAAUAAAGGUGGAUCUAUUAUCGAGCCGUUUGGGUAUGUCGACCGUAAACUCAAACAGAAAGACCCUGCAUCAACAGUUCUAGUAGCUUCACCAAUUGUACCUUCUAAUGGUGUCUACACUAAACAGGAAUCGAUGUUUCCCUAUCUUUACUUAGAAACAACCAACUCCGCGAAUUCUAAAUAUUUCACACCUUUUCGCUUCUUAUUGACAGUCAUUACAAUUGUACAUUUACCAACUCUUUAA